AUGAAUCAUAACCCCCUCCUCCUCCUCCUCCUCCUCCUCCUCCUCAUCCCUUCAUUUCUAGCGGCUACAUAAUCUGGAGAGCUCCAUAACCAUGUGUUAUUCACAGAGCCCCCAACCCUUCCACUGGCUUUCUAUCAAUGUUUAACUAAAAUCCUCCUUAUAUUACAUCCACCCCCUCCUUCACCUGAAAACCCAAGCCUUUUUACCUUUCUCCUGAUUGGCACACUCUCUUCCGAGACUUGAACUUGCGCGCAGCCAAGAGAGACACGCUAUGUGUCUUUAUCUAUUGUGUGAGGCACAAUAUUGUGUUGUUGUUUGGCAGCGUUCGACCCUGAGGUCACUUAUUAUUGUUUUCCCCCCAAAUGGUGCUUCCUGCCUGGGUUGGUGAGGCCUUCACAUGUCUUGCCUCCCCCUGAACUCCUCAUAGAAAGACCAGAUGGUGGCUUUAUGGCAGAAAGGGUGCACCACUAGUGUUUGUCUUUCUGCUCAGACAAUUGGCCAGGCUUCACUCUCGUUGCCAAACGCUUUUUUUCCCCUUUUUUUGAAAAUGCAAAUCUGUAUACAGUAAGAAAAUUAAGAUAACAGAAUGAGAAAAUAAGAUGCUAAAUUAAAAUAUCACUUGCGUUUAAAAGAUUUAAAUUCUUAAACAGUAUUAAGAACACUAAAUGAUUGUUAACCUGUUUACAUUGUCAUGCUAUUAGGAACUACUGGCCCUCCAAGCAUCAUUUAUUUUUGUUUUCAGUUGUUGAUUGAUAUAGCUUCGUUUUAGCUAUAAAUAUGUGUCAAAAUGUCAAUGUUUCAAAAAUGAUCUUUUUUAACCAUACUGAAGAGCAUAUGCAUCUACUGCACCUGUGCGUAUACAUAUAUAAGCAUAUAUCUAAAAUAAAUGUAAUUUGUUUUUUUGUAGCCAAGCAUAACAGUAUUCUUUUCAACUGCUGUUGCACUUCGGCACAAAGGAACGUUUCUUGUCUGCUUUUGUUUCAGUCGGCAAGCACAGUGCACUGAAGUGUGGAUGUCUAUUCUUUAUGCUAAGUGUUUGGAUCUAUGGCAGUUUGAAAAGACUUACCAACAUGCCUCUGAAAACAUUUAUAUUUUGUCAGAGGGCCCAGAGCACUAUUCGUUCUACCGUUCAUUUUGGAUUCUAAGAUGACCGUUUCACUCCCAGAUACAACUAAAAGCCUUGUAGCACCAUGCUGGUUUUGUGUUGCUAUUUACAUGUAUUGCCUUAAGAUAUAGGUUAAACCAUUGUUGUCUAAAUAAUGUUCACUGCUCUGGAAACUCUCCAAUGUGUGUUGAAAUAGCUUGAACCCCAAAGUCAACAUGAUACACUUAACAAGGACUUUUGGAGGACUUCUACAAGACUCGAUUAAGUAAAUAAACAGCGAGCUAGCUAGCUUAAUAGAAAAACGCAGGUAUUCCAUCACAACAAAGACAAAGAUAUAGUAUGGUCUAGCAUCAAAUGUCCUGCAAUAAACUACAUGAAAUUGUUGUAUUGUAUACGUGCACAUUAACAGCCACAUUUCGCCGCGUUUUAACAGUUACAUUGCAAUCUAUUACCAAGCUGUACAAUAAAUACUAAUAAAUUUUGAAAGAUAAGCUCUUGCACUUAUCUGUUGAACACAUCAUCCGACACCACUGUGACAUCUCUUGUUUUUCAGUUUUAAAAGAUGUAUUACAGUGAAAAGUUCACGCUGCUCAGCGAGGUCCAACAAUGAGAGCAGUGUUACACGGAGUUGAGAAACACGAGGACAGUCCGCAGGCUCACAGUAUGCAAUAUGCAUGCAAGGGCCACCGAGAAGCGUACACAUGAGAAUCACAGUGAUGUGUGCUGUCUUUCAAGGGUCUGACAAAAAGAAAUAUGCAGCCCACUUGCAUGGAGAUAUCAUAAUCAUGUCUAUGUGACGCAGAUUAAAGAGAAAUUCUGCAAAAUGACCACAGACAUCAGCGGCCGUCUUCCACUCAAUGUCUAUGUCAUCAUUCUUGGGAUUGGUCUCUUCAUCUUCAUGUUGAGCAUGAUCUUCUGUUGCUACCUGUUCAGACUGAGGCGACAGGGCACACAAGAACAAUAUGGAUAUAAUGAGGUCAUUCUAAAAGGUCCAGGGAAAAAGUUGAGCCUUCUUGGACAGACCUGUGCAGUUUGCCUGGAAGAGUUUCGGAGCCGGGAUGAACUAGGAGUGUGCCCCUGUUCUCACGCAUUUCACAAGAAGUGUCUGGUGAAGUGGCUGGAAAUUCGUAGCGUCUGCCCCAUGUGCAACAAGCCCAUCUGCAGGCUCCAGCCAGAUCCCCCGCAGGGGGCCGAGGGGCCCCAGAACCCCCUGGAGGUGUGACAGAAGAGAUAGACAGGCUUUCACACACCUAAGAACAGCGUUAAAAAACACCAGGGCGGACGGACUAGUCCCUAAUUCACAACAAACCGCCCCUGUCCACCAAUCACCAGAUUUCUCCUGCAUAGAUGGGGGGAGGGAGGGGAAGCGGGAUUUUCCCAGUGCGACUGAACUGAUGUGCCGUGUGUUCUUGGUCAUAAUGUAGCUUGCAGCACGAUAAAUUGAUGCCUUGUGGACUCCAAACACUGGAGACAAACAAAUAUUCAGACCAGGACGGUUGCACAGAAACAUGAGGUCUGAGUUGACACUGUGCAAUGUGUGUGAAUUUACAGAAGUCCUCCUCUAAGAGAGACUGCGGUCACUAUUAUUACUAUAAAGAGUCAUGUUUAGGAAGGCCCAGUUACAGAAUGCAAAGUGAGGGAGCAGCUCAGAGUCUUGACCGUAAGGAUCAGGGAGCUCAUGGGAUUUAACUCUUGCCAAUACUUUGACGUUUGACACUCAUAAAUGUGUUUGUUUGGAGUCACGGAGGUGUUCUGAGUGCUAAAGGGAGCUCAUGGUCUCGAUGAGAACCCAUUAAGGGAUGCAGGAGCCUCAGAGCCAGAUUGGAUGAAAUUUGGUCUAAUUUAAAUUAAGGUGGAUGUUUUGUACUGUACAUUGCUCUUAAUAAAAUGUAAAGUUUCUGUGAUGGAA